CGGAAGUGGCGCCUGCAGAGGCGAGCGCGGCGGCGGCGGCCAUGGCCUCCAGCAAGCGGGUUCUCUACGUGGGUGGGCUGGCCGAAGAGGUGGACGAGCGGGUGCUGCACGCGGCCUUCAUCCCCUUCGGAGACCUCACCGACAUCCAGAUCCCGCUGGACUACGAGACCGAAAAACAUCGAGGCUUCGCUUUCAUUGAAUUUGAGCUGGCCGAGGAUGCUGCAGCUGCCAUUGACAACAUGAACGAAUCUGAGCUGUUUGGAAGGACCAUCCGUGUCAACCUGGCCAAGCCAAUGAGGAUCAAAGAAGGCUCCUCCCGUCCAGUCUGGUCAGACGAUGACUGGCUGAAGAAGUUUUCGGGAAAGACACUUGAGGAGAAUUUGGAAGAAGGGGGAGCCGCGGCAGCCUGCUCAGAGGUUCAAGAGGGAGAACCACCAGUGAAAAAAUCCAGGACCAACCCCCAAGUUUACAUGGACAUCAAGAUUGGAAAUAAGCCUGCAGGUCGAUUGCAUAUUCUCUUGCGGUCGGAUAUUGUCCCGAUGACCACUGAGAACUUCCGCUGUCUUUGCACACACGAGAAAGGCUUCGGCUUUAAGGGGAGCAGCUUUCACCGGAUUAUCCCCCAGUUCAUGUGCCAGGCUGGAGAUUUCACCAACCACAAUGGUACCGGCGGGAAAUCUAUCUACGGGAAGAAGUUUGAUGAUGAAAACUUUAUCCUAAAGCACACGGCACCAGGGUUGCUGUCCAUGGCCAAUUCUGGCCCCAACACCAACGGCUCCCAGUUUUUCAUCACUUGCGACAAGACCGACUGGCUGGAUGGGAAGCACGUGGUCUUUGGAGAGGUGACCGAAGGAAUGGACGUGAUGCGGCAGAUUGAGGCUCAAGGCAGCAAAGAUGGGAAACCAAAGCAAAAAGUCAUCAUCUCCGAUUGUGGUGAAUUCCUCUGAACGUGGCCGCAAGCAGAUGCUGGUUGGGAAUGCUGGAUGAUGGGAAGAGACCAAACAGCCUCGCCUCGCUCUGAAUGGAAACUGGGGGGCUUUUCUAAGCAUUCAGCCUGACUCUGUAUUAUGUGUUCAGAACUGUAAAACUGGGAGAGAGAACUUUUGUACAUAAUUUCCCCCCCGCCCCCCCCAUAAAAGUACACGUAUUUUUACAACA